AUGGACGUGUACUUAUCGGAAUCAGAAUCGGAUGACGAAAGCUUACUAUUAGUAGCAAUGAUCGAAGACGAAGAACACGAAAGACAUCAUAAAAGGAAAUGCUGGGUUCAUAAUAUAAAUAAGGAACGUGACAUACUUGGAGAAUAUACUACUUUAAUACCUCAACUAAAAGCAGACCCAACACGAUUUUUCUUAUAUUUCAGGAUAAUUCCAGGUUGUUUUGAUGAAAUCUUAGGUUGGAUUUCAGAUGAAAUAUUUAAGAUUCCAACAAACUUUCACAAACUUUCGCAUGCCGAUUCCUCCUUCAGAACGACUAGCAAUUGCACUAAGGUAAUAUUUAAAUUAAUUUAA